GGAGGGAAGUUGGGAGUGCUGUGGAACAGUGGAGGGGGGCGUGCAAGUCCUGCCUGCACUGCUGAUGGGGUGAAUACUCAGGAAACACCGCCACGCACAGAAAAUGAACAAGUUGAAAUCAUCGCAGAAGGAUAAAGUUCGUCAGUUUAUGAUCUUCACACAAUCUAGUGAAAAAACAGCAGUAAGUUGUCUGUCUCAAAAUGACUGGAAGUUAGAUGUUGCAACAGACAAUUUUUUCCAAAAUCCUGAACUUUAUAUACGAGAGAGUGUAAAAGGAUCACUGGACAGGAAGAAGUUAGAACAACUGUACAAUAGAUACAAAGAUCCUCAAGAUGAAAAUAAAAUUGGAAUAGAUGGUAUACAGCAGUUCUGUGAUGACCUGGCACUCGAUCCAGCCAGCAUUAGUGUGUUGAUAAUUGCAUGGAAGUUCAGAGCAGCAACUCAGUGUGAAUUCUCCAAACAGGAGUUUAUGGAUGGCAUGACAGAAUUAGGAUGUGACAGCAUAGAAAAACUAAAGUCCCAGAUACCCAAGAUGGAACAAGAAUUGAAAGAACCAGGACGAUUUAAGGAUUUUUACCAGUUUACUUUUAAUUUUGCAAAGAAUCCAGGACAAAAAGGAUUAGAUCUAGAAAUGGCCAUUGCCUACUGGAAUUUAGUGCUUAAUGGAAGAUUUAAAUUCUUAGACUUAUGGAAUAAAUUUUUGUUGGAACAUCAUAAACGAUCAAUACCAAAAGAUACUUGGAAUCUUCUUUUAGACUUCAGUACAAUGAUUGCAGAUGACAUGUCUAAUUAUGAUGAAGAAGGAGCAUGGCCUGUUCUUAUUGAUGACUUUGUGGAAUUUGCACGUCCUCAAAUUGCUGGGACAAAAAGUACAACAGUGUAGCACUAAAGGAACCUUCUAGUAUGUACAUAGUCUGUACAAUAAAUACAACGGAAAAUUGCACAGUCAAUUUCUGCUGGCUGGACUGAACUGAAGAUCAAUCCUCACCAUUCAGACUGAGGGUUGAGACAAAACUUUAAGGAUACAUCUUGGACCAUAUCGUAUUUCAUUCUUCUAAUGGUGGUUUGGGCUUGUCUUCUAGUCUGGGCCGCUCAAAACAUUUAUAAUUCCAACAUUGUGGAUUUCAUCUUAUAUCUGUGGACCAUCAUAGUUUAUUCUCCCAUAAGUCUUAGAAGCUUUAUGGUGAUUAUUUUGAGAUUUCCAUCCUUGCAUAAAGCACAAUGCUGUCUUCAUGAGAAAACAGUUUGGCAUAAGAAUUAAAAAUGAACAUCACAAACAAUUAUAAAAACUCCUUAAAUAUAUGCUUUGGGCUAGUUGCAAAGACUAUGCUGAUAGCACUUCAAUGAGAGUGAUAUAUUUAAGUGGAUCUGAAUGGUGUUUUGGUUUGGGGGAUUUUUUUGGGGGGGGUGCAAAUCACAUGUUAUUGUUGACGUGAGUAGGGUAUCUGAUGAAAAAAAAUGUCAAAAUAACCAACGUGAAACUUUUUUUAGAAUAACUUGGUGUGCCUACCUGAAAACUUUAUUGUGUUUCAGACCCUUGAUUUCAAAAGGUUCCACAGAACAAGUCUGCACUUAACCUUACCCAUGGUUUGCAGUUGCCCUCCAGGGAGCUUUUAGUCAGAAGAUGUCUGCAUAAUGUUCACGUCCACCCCUGUCUACAUUAUGCACUACAGAAUUGGGUUUCAUUAUGAUUUUGAAAUGCUUAUAUGCCUGUCAAAUAAGUUUAAACUAUUUAAUUUGUUUAGAAUGUUUAGAUUGCUACACAAUACAGUACUCUAAAUUUAGGCAUGAGGGUUUAUAUAUGGGUUUUUUUUUUGUUUGUUUUUUUUUGUUUGUUUUUUUGUCAGCGCACUAUGGAACACAAAUGAAAUUCUUUUAAUUUAUAAGAUGAUAGUAGGAAUUAAAUUUUGAAAAUGGUCAUGAUGAGCCAUAAAGUUCAAUCUUUAUAAUAUAGGUACUGCUCUUUCAGAAAAAUAGUCCAUUUUUGAUGACUUAUUUUGUUGAAAUUGCUUUAAUUGCUAAUCACUGUGGUUGCCAAAUACUUAACUUCCAGAGCAAAGAUUUUCAAGCAAGCAUGCACUUGUUGCAAAAUACCAAUCCGACUUCUAUUUUUGUGAAUUAUUUAGUCUCGUUACUGUUUUGUUUCAUUCAAAUUAGCUCACUUUUCACAUCAAAGCAGAAUUUCUAUCUUGUACCCCCCCUUUUUUUUUAUUACAAGACUCAUGAACUGCUUUCAUGCUGAAAAUGUACAUUUCUCUGUUCACUUCCCUACAUGAAGAAGGGUUAAUUGCUUUCUUAAACAUUUAUGUAAGGCAGGCUGAAAAAUGUAGAAUUCCAGAUACUGGAUGACCUGUGGUCUUUAGCAGGUAUAGAUUUUGCUUGGUGUAUCCAGGUAUUCUCUAAGGUCUAAUCUUGAAAUUUUCAGAAGAAUGUAUUUCAGAAUAUCAGUACGUUUUAUGUAGAUGUGGAAAUGAUUUUAAAGAACAAGGACAUAUUAAAACUACUUUUUAUUUACAGUUUUGAAAUUGAUUAGAAAUAUUUCCUCAGAGAUGAUAUAUUAAUAUUCCAAUCAUAACUUUAAUUCAAGAAUACAAUUCUACUAAAAGAAAAUGUUAAAAGUGUCUAUUCCAGUUACUAGAAUUGGUUAUUUUAAAAAAAAAAGGAAAAAUAAGAAUUCUGCUGCUUUCAGUAUUUCCUAAUUUUGCAUUUGUAAAUAUGAAGAGAAACUUCAAUUAUGAAAAAAUUUAAAAGAUAUAUAGAUAUAUGUACUAUUUUGUUUCUUGAGGAUUUUGAGUUAUGGUAUUGUUUCCAGAUUGAUUCGCAUAUGCUGUGUUUUGAAAUGAAAUCUCAUUAACUUUUUUCCCAUAUAAAACUUUUUUUUAAUAUAAAAGUCUGAUAUUGGUUCGUGGCCUAGUGCCUUGGGUUUUACAGACUUUUCUUUUUAAAUGCAAGACCUAUUCAACAAAAUAGUGUUUGUCAUCAGUUUGGUACUAAACAUUUAUAAUUACUGUGUAAUUAUAAAAAAAUACAUAAAGCUUUGAAUAUAAUUAUGUAGCAUAAAAGUUAAGUUUGUUCACUAUGAUGGCAUCUUAGAAUUAAACAAUACUAUUACUAGGGCUGAAGAGAA